AUGGCUCCAGCAGUUGUUACGUGUAUUGCAUUAUUAAUAUCUCCAUUUUUAAAAUUCGCUACAAAUCCAAUUUAUCGUGAAUUAGUACACAAUGGAACUGAGCCAUAUCCACAAAUAUUGUGUUCUUGGUAUCCAUUUAAUAAUUCCAAAAUGCCUGGGCCAGUGAUGUUCUUGUACGUUCUGUUAUGUUCAGUAAUGAUCUACUGUAGUGUGGUCCAGUUGAGUUUAGAACACUUGAAACAGUAA